UCAUUUGUUAACUGAGCUCUGCACCAGACAGCUCCCUCACUGAACUCAGAAACUUGGAGCAAGUAGAAAUCAAGAUAGCAGGAAGCAAGCAUGGUUUAGAUUAGAGUCUGGAACAACCACAGCAGCUUUGUUCUGGGGCUGGCUUUGGAGCUGCUCCAGUCUAUGAUAAACGUAGCCCAGAGCCAGAGAGAACCUGGCGGGCACUGAUGCCAGGCCCCACCUGGGGGCUUCACGCCCAGGACCUCCUCCACCCUCACGGCCAUGCUUUGUACAGGUGAGGAAAUGGCAGCGUGCUCAGGUUAGGCGACAAGCCCCAGAGCACACCCAUGGUGUGGUCAGUAGGGUAGUUGGUUGGGCUUCACCUCCAGCUCUGAUCGAUCUAUUGCCAUGACAUUGCAUUAUCCCUAAGGCAAUUUUCAAACCAGGAUGCACACCUCCAGGGGUCCUCACAGGCACAGCCAGGGGUAAAAGUCACACCUCUUUCACAUCAAAACAAGGAGUUUUAAAAGAAUAGCUUAUCCAGCUACCUAGCCUACAUGUGUUCUCUUUCCUCUGCUCUGCCUUAUGUGAAACUAUCCUGCUAGUGUUCCCUCCCCCCGGCCCGCCUUGUUCCCCUUCUGCCACUUCAACCCAGAGAUGCCCCCAGUCUCACCCAGAACCUCUAUUACCUCCAGGGCAUGAAAUUAGAAGCAAAUUAAAAUUCUUCGUAGCCUCAAAGCCUCCUUUAUAUUUUUUUUAAAGAUUUUUAUUUAUUUGUUAGAGGGAGAGAUAGAACACAAGCAGAGGGAGUGGGAGAAGGGGAAGCAGGCUCCCCGCUGAGCAGGGAGCUAAGGUGGGGCUCAUGACCUGAGAUCAUGACCUGAGCUGAAGGCAGGCACUUAACUGAUUGAGUCACCCAGGCAUCCCUUGAAGCCUCCUUUAAUAAAGGCCCGAAGGACCAUCCAUUCUUCUCAUUAAGAGAUGUAUUUACAAUUCGGUUUGUAUUUAAUAUUAAUUAUCACAAUGUGUGAAAUCUUUGCUAUACUGUGGCAAAGCUAUACUAAGCAAAGCUGUACUAACAACAUCUACUAUAAUUUGUACUACUAACAAUUAUUGUGAGAACUCUAUUCAGAAAAAACGUAUUUUAACUUCUAGGGCCUUAUGAUCACAGGAAAUAUUUAAAAAUUAAGUUUCAGGAGCACCUGGGUGGCUCAGUGGGUUAAAGCCUCUGUCUUCGGCUCAGGUCAUGAUCCCAGGGUCCUGGGAUCAAGCCCUGGAUCGGGCUCUUUGCUCAGCAGGAAGUCUGCUUCCUCCUCUCUGCCUGCCUCUCUGCCUAUUUGUGAUCUCUGUCUGUCAAAUAAAUAAAUAAAUAUUUUUUUAAAAAAUUAAGUUUCAGGGGCACCUGGGCAGUCAAUUAAAUGCCCAACUCUUGGUUUUGGCCCAGGUCAUGAUCUCCUAGAGAGUCUGCUUGAGAUUCUCUCCCUCUCCCUCUGUCCCCCUGCUUGUAUGCUCACUCUCUCUCUGAAUGGGUAAAUUGUUAAAAAAAAAAAAAAAGUUUAAAAUUACAUACUUUUUUUGGUAGAGAAUUGUGAUCAGUAAAACAUUCAGGCAUAAAAAUAUACUAGGAUAACUUUUAUGAGGGAAGUCUGAUGGAAAUAUAAUUUCUGAUUAUUAAGAUCUUGUCACUUUUUUUAAAUGGAAAAUAGUAAGAUAUAUAAUCACUGUAGUGUUUAGAUCCAUUGGGCAUAUUUAAAAGAAUGAGAGAGAGACAAUACACUGGAAAUUGUGUCCUGUGUAACUAUUUAAAAUUACAAUGAAAAAUUUUUUGUUGAACACCUGAAUGGCUCAGUCAGUUGAGUGUCUGCCUUUGGCUCAGGUCAUGAUCCUGGUUUCCUGGGAUCCUGGGGUCCUGAGAUCCAGCCUGCUCGGCUGGGAGUUUGCUUCUCCCUCUCCCUCUGCCCCUUCUCCCUACUCAUGCUCUCUCUUUCUCUCAAGUAAAGGAAUAAAAUCUUUAAAAAUAUUUUUUUGUCAAAAAUGUGAGGCAUUCUAUAGGUCUUCUGUUAGGGUCCAUGAACAGGAACUAUGUUGAGGUAUGGGCUUUAGGAUCUGGAAGGAAUCUGAUUGAUUAAUCCAUCUUGAUCAGUUUAUGAUUGUGGGCACUGAGGACCAAGGAGGAUUAGUUGAUCUUCCAGAAGUCACACAGUUUAGAACCCAGGUGCACUUUCUUGCUCAUUCCUUUUACUACUUCAUGGGCUUAAACUGUGCUCUGAAAUCCAACCACCAGUCCUGAGGAAUGAUAAAGGAUGACUAAAAAGGAUCUUAGAACAGCUAUUGAAUAACAGGGACAUCCCUUGGAUAGAUUGCUCCCUGCCUUGUGGCUCCAGCCCUGGGGGGUCAGACUGGGAGGCCAGUGUGGGACUUAGGACCCAGCAACCAGUUGGAGGACACAACCUAAGGCUCUGAUAGGCUCCAAGCUAGGGAUUUCCUUGUAGCGUCUCCCCCACCCCAUCCCUAUCACAUGGCAGUAAGCCUAAUCUUUGGGGUCCUGAAAGUCCAGACUGGGCCCCCGCCAUCUCUCAUACAGUACACCUUCCCGGGGACACUUAAAGCUCAUCUGUUGGCCUUCAUAACUAUACCAGAGAAUGGUCCCAUCUUAGAUCCAAUGUCUUGUGCAUUGUAUAAGCACCAUGGUUUACAUAAGGCCAGACUAGCCACUCAGAGCCCCUCUCACCAGACAGGGGCUGGAUCAAGCCCUAGGGUCAUGAUACACCUAAGUGGGUAUCCCCAAUGGUGUACCCUGCCCCCAGCCUGACUUGGAUGUGGGGCUGUGCACAGCCAUCUUGUGCUCAGAAUUUAGGAGAGGGGCUGGAUCACACUGAUGAUGAGGCAGGCACAGAUUUUUUUUUAAUGAUUUCCAAGGUUCAUGGCACCUUAUUUCCCCGUGGAGCAAACAUGGUCAGGUGGGGGUGACUGGCUGACCAGACAGACGGGCAGACCCAGGCAGGCUAUGGACAAAACACUGAACAGCAGGCCUGGCCCUCUGACAUGAACCAGAACAUGGUUGGACCUGAGGACACAAGGCCAACAAGAAAGGACACAGGCCACUGUCAGGACACACAGCCAAAGCUAGGACCCUGCUGACGUGGCAGCCCUCGGCCCUGGUCCCUUACUGCCCCCCGCCCCUCUCCCCCGCCUGCCAGCUGCCAACAGGGCUCUGCCCUGUGUCUGCCACACCUGUCACUGCCUGUCCUUGUCCGGGGGGGCCCCAUCAGCCCCUCCUCAGCUGCCCAGCAGAGCAAGCGGUUAGUGGGGAGGGGAGGGAACAUGGAGCGGGGGCCGACGGUGGGGGCAGGGCUGGGGGCUGGGGCCCGAAUCCGGGCACUGCUGGGCUGCCUGGUCAAGGUGCUGCUCUGGGUGGCGUCUGCCUUGCUGUACUUUGGAAGUGAACAGGCCGCCCGCCUGCUGGGCAGCCCCUGCUUACGGCGCCUCUACCAUGCCUGGUUGGCAGCAGUGGUCAUCUUUGGGCCCCUUCUGCAGUUCCACGUCAACCCUCGGACUAUCUUCGCCAGCCACGGCAACUUCUUCAACAUAAAGUUUGUGAAUUCAGCAUGGGGCUGGACAUGUACCUUCCUGGGUGGCUUCGUGCUGCUGGUGGUGUUCCUGGCUACACGGCGUGUGGCAGUGACAGCACGGCACCUGAGCCGGCUGGUGGUGGGGGCCGCAGUGUGGCGGGGGGCUGGCCGGGCCUUCCUGCUCAUCGAGGACCUGACUGGCUCCUGCUUUGAGCCUCUGCCUCAGGGCCUGCUGCUGCACGAGCUUCCCGACCGCCGCAGCUGCCUGGCAGCCGGCCACCAGUGGCGGGGCUACACGGUCUCCUCCCACACCUUCCUGCUCACCUUCUGCUGCCUGCUCAUGGCCGAGGAAGCGGCAGUGUUCGCCAAGUAUCUGGCCCAUGGGCUGCCAGCCGGGGCCCCUCUUCGCCUCGUCUUCCUGCUCAACGUGCUGCUGCUGGGCCUCUGGAACUUCUUGCUGCUCUGUACUGUCAUCUAUUUCCACCAAUACACCCACAAGGUGGUGGGGGCUGCAGUGGGCACCUUUGCCUGGUACCUCACCUAUGGCAGCUGGUAUCAUCAGCCCUGGUCUCCUGGGAGCCCCGGCCAUGGGCUCUUCCCUCGGCCCCGCUCCAGCCGCAAGCACAACUGAAAGAAAUAAAGGCAAAUCAGGCCUC